GCAGUGUCCCGUCUGCUAAGUUAGUUUGGCACGCAAACUUCGUACUUUAUAACAAUAGCGUCCCCCCCCCCCCCCCGCUUCGGGUUAUUGUUUAUUUACUCGAAAGUUUGUCGCUAUUAUACGAGUACACGUACUCGACGCAACAACACCACACCGAGCAUAUGGCGGCUGUGGUCUCCGGAGUGGCCCCGGGCACCAUCGACUGCGACGGCCCCGAGGAGGAGGGGAGCGCGCGUCGGUGCGGAUCUGGCCGAGCAGCAGCGGCCUCUCCCGGGCGGGCGGCGAGGGACGAGCGCCUCGGCGUUGGAGAUGGGGCUGCUGCUGUUGCUGCUGCUGCACCCCCCCGCUCCCAUGUUCAAACUCAACAACAACAACAGCAGCAGCAGCAGCCGACGGCCAGCAGGAGGCGCCACCGACGGCGUCCCUCGAAGAAGAAGCAGCGGCGUUGGCGGCCCUACCUGUCGCUCUCGUGGGACGAGAAGAAGGCGAUGGAGGAGCGUGAGAGCGAACGCGCCGCGCGAAUGCGCGCCGAGAUGGCGGCCAAGGGGCUGGCUGUGGCCCCGUACAACACCACGCAGUUCCUCAUGGACGAGCACGAUCGCGAAGAGCCCGACCUGGAGCCCGCGGGCAGCGACGGCGACAACGACGGCGACGAAGACUCGGAAGAGGGCGAGGACGGCGGCGGGGAAGGUGGCGACGACGAGUUGCCGUCGCGGCUGCAAGGCGGUCGCGACGGGUUCCUGCAGCGCGACUUCUCCGAGACGUACGAGCGCUACCACGUGGAGAGCCUGAACGCCAUGAGCAAGGGCGAGCUGGUGCGCGAGUACCUGGAGCUGGAGAAGUGCCUCUCUCGCCUGGAGGAGGAGAACCUUCGCCUGCGGGAGUGCCUGGGCGAGCGAGGCUGCUGGAGGGGGCCUGCCGUGGCGUUGGAGACGAAGCCAGCGAGCAGACCUCAAGCCCCGCUUGCUGCUGCUGUCGUUGCUGCUGCUGCUGCUGCACCAUCAUCAUUGCGUUCCCCUCCAGCCGCAGAAAUUGUCACGCAGCAACAGCAGCAGCACCAGAGCACAGAGGGCUCUGGUGGUGGUGUAGAGGCUCCUUGCCACGGAGAAGACGGCUCAUUGGCGAAAUCCCACGACAUGCACGCCGGUGGUGGAGGAGGAGAUGUGUCGGGAAAGCAGCAGCAGCAGCUGGUGGUGGACCUGCAGGCCGAGGUGGAGCGGCUGCAGAGGGAGAACGGCCGUCUGGCUCACCAGAACGAACUUUUGCAGCAGAAGCAGAAGCAGCAAUCGUCGCCCGAGGCGAACGUGAUGGAGUGAGAACGCCUCCCAUGGGAGAACUGCCCCCCCUCCCCCCCGCACGUGUUGAGAGAGUUGGGGUCGAUGGGGGCAUGCCAUCGUCCACCUUUGUUGGGAUUUCAUUUGGUCGAUUCGCCUCCCCCCCUCCCCAGCCUAUACUACUGCUGGCAUUCUGAUGGCAUUUGACAGUGCGCCUAGCCGCUAUUAUCCUUGGCUCAGCCUCUCUUAUUGGAUUGUAAAGAAGCUCGUUUGGCCAGAGGGCUGCUGAAAAGUAAACACGGGGCCUGGACUCGGCCAAAUGUAAUCGUCUUUAUUGGAGCAAAGCGCACAUUUGGUUUCUGAAUUGGAAAUUGUGCGCGUUACAAGCCAACUCGAUAGGUCUCACGUGCGGAAUGUUUCUCCCAAGUCGUUUGUAUUCGAGUAAAGAUGUCGUUCGUCCUUGUUCUGCGGCGGUUUUAGAAUUAAUUGCUCAUUGUGUUUGUUGUAGUUUAUGGUGUCUUUUUUCUGAAAGUGUACCUUUUUUAUGUGGUAAUAUAAUUGGGCCAAUUUUAAAUGCCACCACCAUCACCGAGUGAAAACUGUUCAGGACCUGAAAUAGUUUUUUUAAAUGACAAAUAAAAGUUGGUCUCGAUUCUAAAUUGUUGUAAAUAGUACAAUUGGUGGGCGUUUGUGACUCUUAAUUAUGGCUGUGUAUUCUGUACAGUAAAUGAAUUUACAGAUAUUUCAUAUUUUGCUUUAAACAAUAUUUUUGUAAUCUAGGCGAACGAGUCUUGCUCGCAUCGUGUUUAGAAUGUGGAUGAAACUUUUAAAUCUUGUGCGAUUUCUGCAUUUAAUGCCGUUAAAUUAGAUUUUAAUGCGAUGGGUAAUUUCGUUGGCAAUUUGUCCAAUGUAACAUUUUAUCUGUACACGUAUGCAGGACGAUGUUUACCCAACUGUUCUCAAGAUACAAAACCAGCAAACUUGCAAUUGGCUUUUUAACUUAUUAAAGUGGGUGCAUUUUGA